AUGCUGUUCCUUGCAAGCCUGGGCCUUAUGUCGGCCACAGAGUUCCUCCUCGCCAGUGUUGUUUUCUGCCUCAUCUUCACGACCCUCAAUUCCUCCCGGAAGCGGAUACCCCAAGGACUCUGGGAACUCCCGGGACCUGUGGGCUACCCACUGAUCGGCAGCAUGCUGGAGAUAGGGAAGAACCCCCAUCUGAGCCUGACGCAGAUGAGCAAGAAAUACGGGGAUGUGAUGAAGGUCCGCAUUGGCACGAGACCCGUGUUGGUGCUAAGCGGGCUGGAGACCAUCAAGCAGGCCAUGGUGAAGCAAGGAGGGGACUUCAUGGGGCGCCCAGACCUGUACAGCAUGCGGCAUGUUACAGACGGCCAGAGCAUGUCCUUCAGCACAGAUUCUGGGGAGGUGUGGGCGGCCCGCAGGAAGUUGGUCCAAAACGCCUUGAAGAAUUUUGCUUCCUCUCCCAGCCCGGGCUCUUUGUCCUCCACCCUGCUGGAAGAACACGUCUCCCAAGAGGCGGAACGCCUGGUCACCAAACUGCAAGAGGUGAUGCGGGAGCAGCAGAGGUUUGACCCCUUUCGGUACCUCGUGGUCUCCGUGGCCAACGUGGUCUCCGCCAUGUGCUUCGGCAAGCGCCACAGCCACGACGACCAGCAGCUGCUCGGCAUCGUGAACGAAAGCGAGCAGUUUGUGGAAGUCGCCUCCUCUGGGAACCUCGUCGAUUUUAUCCCCCUGCUCCGACUCCUCCCCGGGAAUAGCAUGAAGAAGUUCAAGGAAUUCAAUCAACGGUUCACUCAUUUCCUGCAGAACAUUGUCAAAGACCAUUAUGAGAGUUUCAGUAAGGACAACAUCCGAGACAUCACUGACUCCCUCAUUGACCUCAGCCAAGAAAAGGACAGAAAUACAAAGAUUCAGCUCCCGACUGAGAAAAUAGUGAACCUCGUUAAUGAUAUUUUUGGUGCUGGUUUCGACACAGUGACCACAGCCUUAUCCUGGUGUCUCACGUACCUUGUAGUGUAUCCCGAAAUUCAGAAGAAGAUCCAGGGAGAAAUAGACGAAACCAUCGGCAGCGAGAGGAAGCCAAGACUGUCGGACCGGCCCCUGCUGCCUUAUACGGAAGCCUUUAUCCAAGAAGUGUUCAGACAUUCCUCCUUCCUACCUUUCACAAUCCCCCACUGCACAACCAGAGACACCAUCUUGAAUGGCUACUUUAUCCCAAAGGAUAUGUGCGUCUUUGUCAACCAGUGGCAGGUCAACCACGAUAAGGACCUUUGGAAAGAUCCUUCCACAUUUAAACCGGAACGUUUCCUUUCCGCCAACGGGAAGGAAAUCGACAGGGACGAGUGCGAGAAGGUGUUGGUAUUCGGUUUGGGCAAGAGGCGAUGCGUCGGGGAGACGAUCGCUCGGUGGGAGGUCUUCCUCUUCCUGACCACUCUGCUACAGGAGCUCCAGAUCACGAUCCAGGAUGGCGUCAAAGUGGACAUGACCCCUCGCUAUGGGCUGACCAUGAAGCUGAAGAGAUGCGAGCACUUCCAAGUGACCAAGCGCUCCCCAACGAGGCCCGCCGAGUGA